AAUGAGAAGGAAGAGGAAAGCGAAAAGACCAACAUUUGUCCCCAUAGCAGUAAGGGAAUUUCGACGCUAUAGUGCUCCUUUUGGAGAUUCACUGAAACCUUUUGGUGAAGUCGUUCGGAGAAGGAAUUCAAUAAAAUUAGAAAUAACUAGUUUGAAUAAUCUCGGACAAAAGAAAUUGGAAAAAAGGGGGUCGAGAGACCGUGUGAUGGUCCUUCCCAGUUCACUAAGAAGAGGCUCAGUCACUCCAAGAGCAGCUUUCUCCCCAUGGUGA